CAGAGGGCUGACUGUUGUCCUACCACCAUGUGCCAAGAAUAGACCAGUGGGAACAAGAAGUCCACUGCUCAGAGAUCGAGGGGAAACUUUAGAAUCAACUGGAUCUGCUGCAGAACAAACAGGAACUCUGAAGUCAAAGUUUGAUCUUAUCCAGCCUUUUAUUUACCGUGCUGUUCCUGUUAGCACGGGGGUCUUAAUGUAAAUCUUAGCUGACUUUGCUGUCUGUGCUGUCAGAGGGCACGUGUGUGACUGAGAGCUGAGCAGGGCGAAGGAGUCGAACUAGAGGUACACAACUAAACUGACUCUUCCAGCCACUAUUCUUCCAUUGUGCAGCAGCUGUUUUGAAUUCUUUGGCGGGGGGCUCGCCUGACCUUAUAUGGAGCCUUUAAAGCACCAUUCUGAAUGUGAGAUUAUAGCAAUGGUAGUGUGAGAGGAGCAAAGGCCUUUUAUAGUUUUAAAAAUUUAAUAACAGUAUAAUGUGUCUGUAGUUUGUCAAAGUCAGAGAUGAAUCCUUUAAAGCAAUAUUUUAUGUUACUCUUUGUGUGGGUGAGCUUGCAGCUGAAAUCAGUUCUUCUAAGACUUUGGAGAGAUUUGUCAGAGGUCGUUAGUUCGAUGUCAUCCCCAAGUAUAACAAAUAGGCAAACUCGCCAAGAAGACUCAGAGGAGUGGAAAACCAAUGAGACGCUGCGCACAUAUCACCAUGGAGACGGAGGUAACACCAUGGUUACAGUUCAAACAAGUACACAUGCCUUCCAUGUGGACCUCAGAAGACUUUCAGAGUGCAGCGAGUACUUCCGAGCCUUGUCCCAGUCCAAAAUGAGAGAGACCUCCGAGAGUUUCAUCCAUCUGGACCACGUGUCUUCCUCCGUCUUCUACAAUCUCCUUGAGUUCUGCUUCCAUAGUAAGUUUAAAGUCCCGAAGGAGGAGCUGGACACACAUAUACAGGUAACAGAGAUUGAAACCUCCAUAGUUAUUUAUCUAUGUCUCUAUGUGCUGUGGUUCAUCCACAAAACCAAUGUACCGCCUCUUGUUUCCUACAUUUUCCUGCCCCUGGAGGUCGGCAGCUAUCUCCUGACUGAGGCCUUCCUCUCACGGUGCCUGUCAGCUCUGGCAGAUGAGCUCAGGCCAGACAACUGUUUGUCCUUCCUGAAUCUGGCUCAGGAGAUGUGCUGCGCUGAGCUGAGGAUGACGGUGCUCACCUACCUGAGUAGAAACAUGAUGGAGCUCUCACUCCUGACCAGGUAUCUGAACGACGAGGAGGUGGAUGAAGUUCUCAACCUGAGGACACAAGGACACAGACAUCUCUGCAGCCUCAGGAAGGAGAACCUGACUUCUUGGAACGACCCAGAAACAGAACGCGCCCGCCACGUCUUCAUCCUGAAAGAGACGGAGGACAGUGAAGCCUGGUGUCCGAUCACAGAGCUUCCUUUCAGGGCUGAUAAGUGGUGUUUCACUACAGUGGUUGUGUAUAACUACUUGUACGUCAUAGGAGGCUACCGGCAGCGUGUGAAGAGAGGCUGGGAGUUCAAGAUGGCUUCCUUUAGGUACAAUCCCUUCACUCAUACGUGGGUCUCUACAGCUCCUCUGAUUAAGCGCAGAAGACACUUCAGUGCAGUGGCCUGUGAAGGCUGUAUUUACGCUGUGGGAGGCUGGUACUUGGACUCCCUGGUGACUCCCGACUCCAGCACGGCUCUCUACACAGCUGUAGAGCGCUAUGAUCCAUGGGAGGACACGUGGAGGUUGGUCUCCUCACUACCCCUCACUGACUUCCAAUUCAGUGUGUCCCUGUCACAUGACGUCCCCCUUGCUACGAGCCUCGGACACUGUGUCUAUGUGUUGGGGAGCAUCCAGAGGACCGGGGAGAAACUGCUGCUGCAGUACAACACCAGGCAAGACUCCUGGUGCGAGCUGCUUCCCACCCUCACCAGAACAGAUGCAGACCUCCCGACUCUUUACUUCCUGGGUGUCACCGACACGCUUCUUGUGAUUGGUGGAAACAACUCAGAGAAUGUGGUGACAUCGUUCUGUUUGCAAUCGCAGAGAUGGGGAGAGGUGCACAGGGCGGAGAAAGUGUCCUUGGUGGGACAGGGGACAGUCGCAGGUGACGGUGUCCUCAUACCAAGUAUUGAACACAACACUGUUAUGAAACUAGAUCUCCAAACUCUCUCCCUCAGAGCUUUUCCUCCUCUUCCAGUUUCCACCCGAUAUGAAUCUAUCUUUUAUCUUCACUUCUAAUGCUCUUGCUUGUAUGUGAGAUUAAAAAUCGUGAAUUCUUUCUGGUUGAUAUAAUUUAGACAGCUAUCUUGUACUGGACACAACUAGUCACACAAUUAAGACAACAUAUUUUGUUGUCUGUCUUCUCUUGUAUUUAAUCUGUUUAUGUUGUGUAUAUUUUUUUUAUAUUUCCCUGUUUCUGUCGCUUGCAAUACCAAUAAUUACCAACAAAAAGCAUCACCUCUCCUCUCUCAUUUAGAACUAAUCACUACAGUACAUGAUCCAGUUACUACAUCACCUUGGAUAUACCCGACACUCGCACUUAUGUUGGCAGAACCGGAUUCAGGUAUUAUGCAUUUUCAAAUGGAAUCAGCUGAAGUCUUGCAUUUCCCUUAGUGAUUUUACAUCUGUUCCAUGAUUAUUGAAAAGGUUUUCCCUGUCGUGUUGCUUUUAUCUAUUAUGUAUUUUAUGAUUGUGUAUUUCACCUGGUCUCGGGUCUCUCUUGAAAAAGAGAUUGAAAAUGUCAACAAGACUGCCUGAGUAUUCAAAGAUUAAAGAUUUUAAAAUCUCAUCACAUAUUUAGGCAACAUUUAUAAAAUUACCAUUUUGGAGAAGUGACCAAUUGUUUCAUGCUGAACAUCCUAACACAUCACUGUAGCAGAAUCAGUUCCACAGCAGAGACCUGGCGGCACGUGAGGUGAGGCUCUGUCUGUGUUUGGUGUCCUGUUACAAAAAGAGGCAUGUCGGAGAGAGGGAGAGAGGGAGAGGGGGAGAGGGGGGGAGGGAGAGCAUAGGAAAUGAACACUCUGAUCUCACCACCUGAGAGAAGCCACUUGAAGGACACUGGAGUCACAGACACAAACACAGACAGAACCAAGCCUCAGUACAGAGGAGUUUCACUGCCUCACAACUACUGACACAAACCAAAGCCACAGCUCGUCGUUGCCUGAGUGGAUUCCACUGACUGGUCUCACUAAGGUAAAAUAUGGGCCUGCUUCUUUUUCUGUUGUUCUUACUUUGAUCUGCCUGUUGUUGUAUUUGCUGCAGAUGUUUUCCUGAUUGAUUGUUUUAGAUUAAACUCCAUAUUGCACUUAUAUCAUGUAUAUAUUUGUGUGUCUUGUACUGCAUGCAGCAUUUAUGUAAAACUUAAGAUGAAGAGGAAGUUUAAUUACACAGUUCUGAAAAUUAAAUUUUCUAAAAUAACA